AAAAACGUGAGCAGAUCCCAUUUCCAGUUCAGUCAGUCACCACGGUCGACUAACAGGACGUGUGUCGUGUGCUUUUUCUAGCGUCUACUAGUACUACUACCACGCACGCAACCUUCUUCCGUAGUCGAGCGCGUACCGACACGAGUGGCAGCGUACGAAGACAUUUGACAAGCGCCUUCACCAUAAUGAUUAGCAUCUGGUACAACAAUGAGUCUAACCUAGAUUGGGUCCGCAAAGCUAACCGAUAGUAUAGAACCUACCCUAAUAAAGGGUUCGGCAGAAAAUUACGCUAUCCGAGAAAAGUUAGCAAACCGCAACAGCCGCCACACUGUCCACAGCAACAACCAACAGCAUCAUCCUCCACCACCAGCAGCAGCAGCAGCAGCAAACCCUCACCGCAACAGCAGCAGCAGCUUCAUUCCGCCGACGUACCGCAUUCCAGUACAUCGCAGUCCUCGCGCCGUCCGCAGCACUCUUCUACGUCCGCUUCCUCGUCGUCGGUACCGACCCUUCCCACCACCUCAGGCGAGCCACGGGCCGCUGGCAGCAGCAGCAGCAGCAACAGUCGACGCAACUCGAAGCAACUGCAACGCGACGAGCUGGCCGCCAAGAUGGGCAAGCACGACAUGAAGCGCGGCAUCUCCCAGCGAUCCUCGGAUGCCGGCGAAUCUCCCAAGCAUUAUGCUUCAACAAAUUUAGUUGGCAAAUUUACACAAAGCGUCCGACGAAUAGUGCAAGACGUUAAGGAUGAAGGUUCGCCGAGUGGUAUGAGCCGCGAAGAGCUGCUCGAGACGAACGAACGGCUGCGGGCGGUCCGGCUCCGGUUGGAGGAAUCGUACGAUACCGCCAAGAAGGCGCUGGUCAACCUGAUGAACAAAUACGGCGACUCCAAGAGCCAGCGCAACAUCUUCAAUCGCUACCCGAUGCUGAAGCUCAUGAUCAAGGAUGUGAUCCGGCUGGAAACGCAGUACUGGACGCUGGUCGAAAUUCCGAAGCAGGAGAAGCUAGAAACGGUGCCGGCCUUCGUACUGCGUGCCUGCAGCAUUAUGGAGAAGUCGCAAAAGUCGGGCGAGGGCGUGAAGACGUCCGCCAAGCUUGCGGAGGAAGCCGCCGAACGGCGCGAACGGAUGGAGCGACUCGAAACAAUGACCACGGCACAGAUCGAGCAGGAAAACACGCAGAUGAUCAACGAUCUUUACCGUCUGCUCAAGAAGUACACCGGCCUAAGGAACUUGAUUCGAGAGCUGAAGUCCGAGUACGGUAACUCCAAAAUCUAUCCCAUCUUCCCGCGGUACACGAUGCUGAAGGACAUGAUCAAGGACAUCAUGCACGACCCGGACUACAUGGAGGUUUGUCACGAGGUGGACAACUGAAAUCACCAGAAAUAAAACCCGCUCGUCAUCGCAUCGAACGUCUAGUAGGGCUGCACCCGACCGGCAGCACGGACCUAGACACUCUGGUAUGAUGAAGGGCGAGUUUUAUAUAGAGGAACUGUGCGACGAUCGUGCGCACAUGUUUUUUUUGUGUUGUUUUCGCUUCGUUUCGCACCAUCUUCUGGCGAUGAUGCGUUGUGGACCCCAUUUUUGAGACUGGAUGGACCGGGUGGGACGGACGGUAGGUGGGCGUGUGUAACGCGGCACCUAAUAUCAGGCUGUUAAACAAACAAAAGAAAAGAUCACAAAAGCGGAAGCCACCACGACCUACGCCAUAUCUUCAACGCGCGCCUACAAUACACGCUCGCAUAUCACAUUAGUUCGCUUGUGCUGGAUACUGCUGUCCGCGGAAAACCCAGCCAACCCAACAGCCCAACAGCAAGAACACCAUCAUCAUCAUUACUCUUCAUUGUUGCUGUGGAGAAUGAAGCUCUGGAAUUGGUGCUCUCUUCUGAGUAGGUAACACGGUGAGGAUGGAUUUGGUGGGGAGCAAAAACGGAGGACAAAAUGUGAAUCUACAAUCAACAAGGGCCUUAUAGUGAAGGGGGGAGGAUGAGGGAGAAAGGGACAAAUUCGCAACACCACGAUUAGUAUACUACUCCACUCCCUUCUUCCCUUUCCUCCUGUAGGAUUGUCCUUGCAAUGCGAGAGAGAGUUUUGGAUUUAUGUCUUUGGCCCCACCACCAUCAUCACCACCAUUACCAGUACCAGGCUGAACAUGGCUGGACAGUUAGUUAAGGGGAUUGGGAUACACUUACAUUCGUUGACCACCGUCCGCCCCUUGUUCGGUCCCCAGGCCGGAGGGGAGAGGAGUCAGGCGUCUACAAGACGAUGCUCCUAAGUACCGCGCAUUGGUUAUUCUAAGAAACGUCACAAUACUUUAUCACAUCUUUAUUCGAAGACAAAUGCAGCUUCGACACAAUCGCUAUAAGCAUCACACACAAAACCGAGGAGCAUCAAGGAGCUUUUGGUUUUGGUUUGUUGUUUUAGUCGCAAAUAUCUUACCUUUCCAAAAAACCAAAAACGUACUUCCCAGGCUGGAACAGAGCAUGGAGUGAAGCACCGUGAAAGCAGAAUCAGAAACGAGAAGUAAAACUUACAAAACACAAAAGUUAUUAACAAAAACAAAAAAACACAAAACGUUGAUGAAAUGACCCACCUAUCUCUACAUGAAUAAUGUAUUCAAUACAAAAUGAAAAAAAGCGGGAAAAGCGGAAAGCAAAGGGAUGACAGAGGAACACAACUAUUUUUGCACAGAUAGUAUUUACAUAUUCAAUCGAGUUUUGGUUUGUGUUGUACCUUUGGAUCAAAAAAGAAACUAGACACACAAAUUCGAAAAUUCGUUCGCACACGUACACUACCUUCACCCACCAAUGGAAAACACACACAAUCAACUCAACGUAGGACAAAAACAACCAAACAAAAACAACCCGAACACAAUCGAUACACACACACGUAGGACACACGCACGAACCACGCAGGAACCAACAAUUGUGGCACAAACAAAACAAGGUAAAAACAAACAAGAAGAAAAAAAACAUAGUGCAAGCGAACUCUACAUUAGAAAAAAACACACUAAACGCUAAAAAUUUAGCAACUAAAAGCCAAAAGACCAAUUCAAUAAAAGGAAACAAAAGAGAAGAAAAAGGGAGAAACAAAAAAACUCAUCACUCUAUACACGAGAACGUUAGGCGACACGAGAGAAGGCGACAGGCCAAAAAAGAACAUUUUUAACCAAUGCCUUAGGCAUCGGACUUGACAUAUUGCAAGAGCAACAUACACACACAAACAAGAGUGAACGAAAGAAGCAGAAGAAGCAAAAAAACAUAGGGAAACAACUACCAGAAUAAAUUUAUCAAAUAUCAUUAACGGAAAACAAAACUAUUUGCGAAAAAAAGAAAAUACACACACGCCCACAGACAACACUACCAGUAUUCAACACAGAGAGGACAGAAAGGUGGCGAACCGGAAGACAACCGUUUGAUUUCUGUUCGAUUUUAAGUGUAAGUGUGUGUGUGGGAGUGCUCUAAGCCCGUUUCCUUCCGGUCGCCCCAAGGACGAUGGACGAAGUGGCCUCUCUCUUUAGAAGACGCGUAACAAAUUUGAUACAAAAAUGACUAAAGUAACCAAAAAAAAAACAACUCUAACAAAACGUAACGAAACAAAAAAAGAUAUUAGAACGAUAAAAAAAGAAGAAUAAAAAAGCCACACCAAGACAAAAACAUUAAACUACAUUCAACACAAACACUAACAAAAAGAAAACAAACAAACAAACCAACACACAACCGCUACUCAUCCAUAUUGGAGCUUCUCGCCUUUUUUUACACAUGUUUGAUGCAGAGAAAAGGAAAGAGAAAGUAAGAGAGAAGGAGAAUGAGUAGUUGCAGAACAUAACAAAUAGCAAGUGAACAAGCGGUAGUGAUGAAAUUAGAAAUAAUGGUAAUAUGUGACAAAAGAAAACAGAAGAAAAAACAAACAAACAAACAAAACUAGCACAACCAAACGAACAAAGACAAACCAAACUAAACAAACAAACACAAAAAAACAAAACUGGCAAAAAGGCAGCACAAACUGGAGUAAGAAUAUAUUCAAUAUUAGCUGUGUUUGAUCGAUGUGUGGCCAGAGCUGGCAGAGUCUGCGGGGACCCGACCAGCCCAACAACAAAACAAAACCACAACCACAACACAAACAAACGCACACAAAAAGAAGAAGAGGAAAAAAACAACAUAUUCGUGGAUAACAAUAACGUAGAUAGAAAUCAAUAAUAGUGAUGUAAACGUACGGUAUGGCAAAGAGGAAAAUUGCAGCAACAACAGAUGUAAGAACCACCCUUAAAAAGGGAGAAGGGAGGGAAGGAUACCGAGUAGGGGACUUAGAAAGAAGCUAGUAGACGCAAAACCGGAACGGUAUACAGACAGAACCGAAAAAAAAACCAAAACCUCACAGCACAUUUGGUCCCUCCUACUGAGUUGCCGCUAGUUUCUUAUCCGUAAAUGUAACCAACAGCAGCUCAGCGAACAGUUUAGUAGUUAUGCGAAAGACAUCGUGCUUAUGCCAUUUGUCCCAAACCAAGGUGUGUUUGUGUGUCUGUUUCGUCCUUAACUCACAAUAGUACACACAUUGAGGCCAAAACCAAGCAAGAAGUGUAGUAACAUUUGCCUAAGUGGUCUUUUAUCACCACGGUUUGUACUAAAUACACUUAAUGAAGGCUUGUUUGAAGUUCACCAUUUUCUAAAUUAUGUGUCAUCUUUUACUGACACUUCUUCUUUGUCCACUACCAGUUCCAAGGGUUUACGAUUACCUUCUUUAUUAUAGUUUUAGUUCUUACUUGCUCAUUCUUCAUUCUUCCUUUGUACUAAUUACUAACUCUAUGCCUACUUGAAAAUUGCAUACUUUAAGGCGUUAACAUCCAGUAUAUCGGAUCUUGAUUUUGGAAGAUGUAUUUUUCUUCUUUUUCCAACUUUUUGCUUUCCCUUGAGAUGACUCAUUGUUACCAAACUUUAUGUUUUGCUUCGCUACUAAAGGCAACGGUAACAUGAGCUGACGGUCUGUGCUGCCGGCUAAUAGUGGCGACCUAUUUGCAGGUUAUGCUUUGCCCAACAGUCGUACGGCAUCGCGCAUCAAAACAGCCCCUGCAUUUAUGCAACCAUGCGUCGAGGUCAAACGAAACCGUAAGUUCAUUUAGUGCAAGGGCAUGAAAGUGAAGAUACUAUUACGAAACAGAUACACACACACAUGUAAACACAUACGAGUGCAUGUAACGCAGGUCACCCCAUGUUAGUAGUCGUUUUAGCUUGCUUGCGCGCUUUACGUUUGUAGACAUUUUAAAGGCCCACCCUCACGCUCACGAACGAAAGCGAACGAGUCGGACCGUUGUGUCAGUAUUUUAGUAUAAAAAAUAAUAUUAACAUAGUAUUUGUGGUUCCACAUUCUGUUCUACCGUUAGAGCCGGGCUUCGUCCUAUGACUGCUAAAGGAUUCGUUGCAAGUUAAAACAAAAGCAGGCUCCAAAAUCCCAUCCAAUACACACACGCAGACUCACACAUCCACAAAGGCACACGCACACAAACACGCACAAAUUUAACUGAUAAUCCAAUCCUUAAUCACUAAUACUCUCCCCCAUUUGCCCACCAUUUAAAAACAAUCGGGGCUUUACGCUUCACUUAGGUUUUCUCCUACGGGCGGGAAAUAUAAAAAAGAGCAAGAAAGCAAGAGAGAGAAAGAGAGAAAGAUAGAGGAGCAUUAGAGUGUUGCGCAUUCAGAACAUUGUACAUAACGCCGCAUUGUUGUAUAGUUGUGCUUAAGUUUGGCUUAUUGUGAAGAAGCAAGCAAAAGAAGAAAAAAAACAAAACAAAACAAAUAACACACGAGACGAUGAAUCUACAGCGCGAACAAAAACCAAAUGAAAUGAGUACAGAAGUAGGUGGUGAAAUUAAAAAAAAAGAAAAGAAGAAAGAAAGCAAGCAAAAAACACCGUAUUAAAAGGGCACCGGAAUGCACUAGAACAGAAGCAGCAGCAGAAAAAAAAACGAACAAACAGCAAAUCAACCAAUAUUAUAUUAUACAUCGCGCGCGCAUCGGCAUUUAGUAGUCUCUCGGCAUCGGCAGACGUGAAAAAGUAGCAGAACAGCAGAAAAAAACAGAAAAAGUCAUACUCACACACACACACAUAUGACGAGUAAUGUGACGAUUAGUAAACACGCAUAGGAAAGCUAUUACAAACAAAACAAGGCAAGUAACCAACAAAGCAAACAAACAGAAGAAAAAAAAUGGGAGAAAAUCAGAAACAGAAGAGAAUGAUAGGCAAAAAGGAAGAUAAAAAAAAACCGUGUGCUUCAUAUUAUAAAACAUUGUCGUAGCAAUUGUCAAGCGCCGCCGAAGAGGCCGGAGGGGCAUAUUUAUAUAUAUACACAAUACAAUAUACAUAUACAUAUACAUAUUCUUAGUUGAUAUAUAUAUUGAUUACGAUAUUGGCACUGGCGCACUACGAGCAUCCGGCAGCAAACAACAACAACAGCAACAAAACGGCGCACACAAUGACGUACAUCCGCUUUCGCCUAUUUUAUGUUUGGUUUUAUGUUACCACAGUACAUUGUAUUUGGUGUUGUUUUUCCUUUAGCUAUUUUGUUUUUUUGGUUUCCAAAAAAUACAAUCACCCCACUUGCGAAAAGAAGGACGAGCACCCCACGCACCGUUCGGCAACGGACUACCCCAUAUCAUGCUCAUACCCACCGAAAACAAAUUGUGUGCUCGAUUGGUGUGGUCGCGUUCGUCGUCUUAGGACGGUGGAGUAAAUCUGCUAAUACCUAGCUGCAGCCCUGUGUGUCCUCCAGUAAGGACAGUCACCUUACGACUCAGCACACCUUAGAGGGUGGAUGGAGUGACCGCGAGUGUUUUAGUACAAGAAAUCAGUUGAAAAGAUGGGCAAAAUGCGUUUCUUUUCUGCUUACAUGCUGUGGUCUUUUUUUACUGUUUAAAUUCGACACAACAAAGCAAAAAAACUAGAUUAAAAUGUGAUACAUUUGCAUGAAGCAUCAAUUGGAACACGCACACGCACUAUUGAUUGGAACGGUGGUAGUUGGACUAAGACGAUCAAACACCGACAAACUAAAACACGAAAAUGAGACACACACCCACGGAGCAAAGAAGCUAGAAACGUGAAAAUUAUGUGACCGUGAAAUCAGCUUUACGUCGAAGGAUCUUAUCGAUCGGUGUACGAGUGUUGCUACUGCUACUACUGCUACUGCUUGCACAACAUCACUCCGAACUGAAGAAGAGGAAGCAAUACAAAAGAAAAGGGAACGACAGUAGAGAAGAGAGCAGAAAUGCAGUAGGAUGAACACACUUGAACAGGAUGACACACGACGGCACAGGGCGAACGUAAAGGGACACACAACGGCACGACUAAUCACUUGACACGAUGAUACGCCCCACGAAAGAGAAGAGAAAAAAACACACACACCGGAAGGAAGCAGUUCAAAAGCAGUGGAACAGAAUGAAACUUAAUUUUUACUGAAUGAUUCGGAUGCUUUUGCUCUUUCGGAUGCACGGUCCCCUUGUUUUGAUACAUUCCAGACACAUUAAUGUUCACCGUUCACUUUUACGCGCUUUAAAUACAAUCACAAACUGAACUUCUUUGUGGAUUUGAAUCCUUACUAGAAAUAUAAACAUUGUCUACGAGCGUUCCUUCCGCUAUGUUUAGCUCACCCUGACCCAUCUUUAUCAUCAUUCCCACCUGCAGAACGUUUUUCACUUAAAAUGGGUGGAAAAUAAGACUAAAAAAGAAGAAUGACACACAAUCUCAGAUCUGCUCAGUACAAUCAUACCAAGAAAUCAGAAACAAACGACAACAGAACAACUUUUAGGAGAAAAAAAAAACUUUCCCAACAAAGCAAUUACGAAAGGUACGAACACGCAAACGUACGAUCACGAUCAUAGAAGGAGAGAAACAAAUUUGAAAAACAUAAAAAAGCAAGAAAUAGCAAAAAUCUGCUUGUCUGCUCCUAUUCGUAAAAGCUCAAAACAUACACAAAAAACAAAAAAAGGCGCCAAAAUACCUUUUCAACGCCACGAACCCUCCUCCAAUUUGAAGGGGGUUGAGAAGAGAAUAUGAAACAGAGAAGCAGUGUAAACCUACAAAAAAUGCCGCCCAAUUCACAUUCCUAUCAUCAUCAAAUGCUAAUAAUAUUACACAAUUAUGAUAACAAAUAAUAAUAAUAAUAUUAAUCAUACUGAUCUAUCCCGCUCAACACACCAAACCGGAAGAAAGGAGAAAGGAAAAAACGCCCAAGAACCCCAGAAACAGACAAGCAAACAGUUAAGAAUACGGAACAGGUAACACAACAAGCCCAUACGGAAAGAGAAAGAGAGUGAGAGGCACAAACACAAACAAGAGAAGGAAAGUCCAAAAAAGGAUAAGAUGAGACAAAACAGACAAGGACAAGAUAAGCAAAACGGAAAGACCAUGCCGUUCAAGGUGUUUCAAUCCAAACGCCGCGAGUGUGUGUGUGUGUGUGUGUGUUUAUUACAACAAUCGGACUCGUUGCGAUCGGUGUUUUACGUUGUGUAUGUUUUUAAUGCAGUGUUUUCUUCUUUCGUUCAUCACUAAUACAAUCAUCACGCAAAUUGUAUACACACACAAACAGACACACAAACAGACACACAACACGUACAUCGUCUUUGUAAUGAUGCGUAUUUACAAUAUUUAGCUGAAUAAACAUGUUUGCUUGGUUGAAGCUUU